GACAGCGUAGAAGUAGAACUUUGUCAGUAACGUGCUUUCAGGAAUGUGUCAACACCAGGCAGCUUCAUUCAGGGGUAAAAAGCUGCAAUGUCGUUUGAAAACGUGAUAAAAAGCCUGCGGGACUGCCUCCUCACUGAAGAUCCAGCGGCUGAAAAUGGCAGCCAGAUCCUCCAGCUGUUCCUCGAUAAACUGUCUGAAUCCUCCAGGAGCAGCAUUAAAAGGAGCAAGGAGCGCAGUUUGGACGAGGCAGUCCAGCUGCUGAGGCGCAUCUCAGAGGCGCAGCUCCGUGGCUUGGAGGAAGAGCGUCUCCUGCUUCUGGUCAGACUCCUCCUGUCCCUGCAGCUGGAGAUGGUCAGCAUCUCCACGGCCUGCCGUAAAGUGGACCAGAUGCUGCAGCAUUUGGCAGCAAAUGUGGAUCACCAGAUGGUUUAUAAAGAAACCCUCAACAGUUUUCACUCCAUAGUCCACAGUGAUCAGGCUCUGUCUUUGGAGGAUUUGCAGAGAGCAUGCAUGUUCCUGGAGGACAGCGCAGUCGGUCGCGAGGUGUGGCGAGAAUGCUACGUGGCCAUGUUGCAGAAAGUAUCCGAAGCCCUCCCUGCUGUAUUGCAAGAGGAAUCUCAGAGAGAUGGGCAGAUCUGUUACAUUGCUGUCAAGGUGUGUUUGCAAGUGUUUCAGCUGUUGCCUAGUGAAGUUGCUCGUCUGGUGUGGGAGGAAAACCGCAGCAAGGAAGCAGUACAGAGGAUCCUGCAGGCUCUCAUGGACAUCAUAUCUGGAAAGUGCUGCAACAGGGACACGCGUCUUUUGGCGGGCACCGCCGUGGCCAUGCUGAUCAACACAGCGUCUGAGAGCAGAGCGGCAGGAGCUGCAGCCUGGAGUCUGCUGCAGGCCUGUCAUCCACCGCCCCGCCAGCUGGCCGUGGGGGUUCUGCAGGUGAGAUGCGAGCCAGCGGGGACGGACGGAGUGGAGCGUUUGGCUGUGAGCAGAGGCCUCCUCACCUGCUGUCGACCUCACGUCCUGCUGAGUCCGAACCACAACUCCACGCAGACCUGUUUGCUGCUGGACGGUUUGUUCCCUCUUGUUUAUGCGCUGUGUGAGGAGAAGCGGGAUUUUCACUACUUUGCGUUCGAGGUGUUAGCGCUGUGGCUGAGGAGAGCGAAGGAAUGUGUGACGGAUCUGUGGAAGAUGGCCGGCGCCCGCCUCCUGCCUGACGACAGCAGGCUGCUGCAGCAACUCACUCACAUCAUCUGGACCAAUGCAGAAAGCCCGGUGGAAGGGGUGCGUGAGUUCGCGAGCUGUGCCUUUGCUCUACUGCUGAAUAUUUACGACAUGGACUGUGAGCAGUUUUGCGACGCCAAGAGGACUUUUUAUUUUACCCUGCUUGAGCGCCUAUUGAAACUGCCUUGGGAGGCAAAAGCCAAAUAUCCCCGCCUCUGUGCUCUGCUGCCAUAUGUGGGAACCGACCUGGUGCUGGGUCAGCACGCCGAGGUGUCCAGCCAGCUCUUGAAGUGCCUAUCGACCAAUCACCUGUCCCCGUGUGGCGCCGAGUUCUACAAGUGUCUGAUCCAGCAGCAGAGGCGGGAGCUCCCCGCCUCGCUCUCUGAGCUGGAGAUGGCCGGCCGCUGGGCGAACAGCUGGCAGCCUUUCCUCCUCCAGGCUCUGACCUCUGAGGUGACUCUGUUGCAGACCAACGGCUCCACACACUUGCUGCCCUGCACCUUUCAGGUGUUCCCCUCCGCUGUGCAUCGCCUUCUGGCCUCCCUGGACCCCCGGCGGCCGGGCCAGCUGCACGCCUGGGCGUGCGUCCUGAGCGUCUACCGGGCCAUCAGCGGCUGUUCCCCCUGGGCUCUGCAGGGCGGCGCCGCCCUCGAAACGCUGCAGCUGGCUCUCGGGUCUGCGGAAGACAAAGUCCGUCUGGCCGCUCUGGACCUGCUCUGCCGCAGCCCAAAGACCAGAGCCAUCCCCGCCGCGGAGGAGAUGAAGGCCCUGGAGGAGUUUCUGCCCCAGAAUCUGAACUGCGAGUCCUCGCCUUUCCGGCAGCACCUUCAGGCGGCAGUGAGGAGGUUUCUGGUGCGUGUCAGAGACGGCUGCUUGGCACACGUCAGAGCAGCGAAGGGCGAGAAGAAGGAGGGUUUCAGCCAUGAAAGUAGAAAGGAUGUUCUGGACCAAGGCAUUGGCUUUGUGGAGUGGUUGGGUCGGCUUCCAUACAGCUCUCUCUCACCUGGACUCAGCUAUCAGAGGAAGAAGACGGCGCUGCUGUUGCUGUCUGCGGUCCUGGAGACGUGCACCGACACCUGGAGCCCGGACAAGAAGAAGGGGCAGCCUCCAGCAAAUGUAGGCCUUCUGAUUGAGCAUGCCAGACGGAGGGGACAGUGGGAUUUCUUCUGCAGAACCAAGCAGCUGCUUCUCAUCAGCUGUCUGGAAGAUUCUACAAACGAGAUCCGGGAGCUCUCGGCUGCCUUGUUGUUGAGGUUUUUCCCUCCCAGCUUCCCCGCUGAUGUGGCUCAAGUCCUGGAGACGAGGAGCAGGCAGCUUCUGUGCAGCCCGCGGGUGCAGGAGGCUCAGAUGGGAGCGCUGAUGAUGAAGACGCUCCUCCAGAAAUCAGGACAUCGGUGCGAGGAAUGCAGUCGAAGCUUCGCUGCCAACAGCGGAGGUGCCUCCAGAGACCGCUGUGUGCUCAGAGUCCUGCUGAAGGAGCUGGAGGAGCAUUAUCUGACGGCCAAAGCAGACAUGAUGCUCUCCGCCAGAACCAAGCCCAUACAUGGAGUGUUAUGCGCUCUGCAGAGGUGUUGGCUUGAGGAGGCCGCCGACGUGCGCGCCAGCCUCGACCGUAGCCUGAUCACCAAGCUGUUGGAUCUCCUGGAGGAAAUCUCUCAGUUGCUGCUCGCCGUUCUGCGUGGAGACCGCGAGGCUUGUGCCGCUGGCAAAUACGCUCCACCUUCGUUUUGUGAUAUGGGAAACGCCAUCAGCUCCCUGAUAUCCCAGCAGUCUGGAGGUGGCCCAACGCAUGAAGAGGACUGCGUCCUGCUGUCUGAGGAGCACAGCCUGGUUCUCACCUGCUGCUGGGUCUCUCUCAAGGAAGCCGGAGUGUUUUUAGGUUCCCUGGUGGAGAAAGUUCUCAAAGAGUCCAGACAGCUUCUAACUAAACAGGAUUUAAUGAGGGCAUCAGAAGUAUUCAAGGAUAUUCUUCUAAAAUGCCGCCACUGGGGGGCGGUAGAGGGCUGCUGUGUAGGCUUUACAAAGUUCUGUACAUCCCUGCUGAGCAGCGAUGAUCCAGACCUGAAGGAGAUACCCACCCAGAUGCUGAAAGACGGAUUGCAGGUCGUUCAGUGCCCUCGCUCUACGUCGGUGACCCGCCGGGCUGCAGGCCUGCCGAUGCUGAUCCUGUGCGUUCUGUCAGCCGAGGAGGCCAGUAAGGCGAGGCCCCUGCUGGCUCUCAGCGUGCAAACCCUGCUGGACACGGCCAGAAGGCCCCUCGGCGACAGCUGGGACCAAACCCUGGACCUCCCGCAGGUAUGCGCGGUUCACACUCUGCAGGCGCUGGUGCGCGGAGCCGGUCUGGGAGCAGCUGUGCUUCACUUUGCUCCUGCGGUGGCCAUACUGUCGCUGACUCUGCUCAGCUCUCCCUGCUGGGCCAUGAGGAACGCUGCUCUGCAACUUUACAGUUCUCUUUGCUCCCGAAUGCUUGGCCAGCGGUCCGGCGGUGCGGAGGCCGGCCCCAGCCAGCACAGCGUGUCCCCCGCCGCCUUCUUCUUUCACUAUCCCACGCUGCAGCCUUUCCUCCUGGGCGAGCUGCGAGGGGCAGCGCAGCAACUCCAGGAGCCAGGCGCCAGGGCCACGCUGCAUCUGCAGCCCUCACUGUACCCCAUCCUGACUCUGCUGGCCCAACUCCAGCCCGGCGUCCAGGACUCAUCAGAAGCUCAGUUGGACUUCCUGCCUCCGAUACUCCAGCUAUCCGCCAGCCCCGUUUAUGGCGUGCGAGCGAUGGCCUCCAGAGCUCUGGUAGCCAUGACUCCCCCUUCAGGGUACGCGGACCUCUUCCUACAGCUGACCUCUCAGCUGCCCGGUCCGCAGGACAGCUGCUGCCACAACCGGCUCCACGGCCAGCUGCUGCAGAUGAAGGCGCUGCUGGACAGUGGUAAGGUCCCGUCUGACGACCUGCGCGAGGCGGCGGGCAGGAUCCAAGCCUCCGUGUGGUUGGGGACCACGGCUCAGCGCUGCCCCCUAGUGAGAGCCGUUUACCUCAGCGUGGUUGACUCUCUGAGAAGACACUGCAGUGAGACCUUCCUGUUGCAGCUCAGUGGCAGACUCAUGCAUGAUCUUCAUGCGCCCCAGCAUGGUCUUCAGAUCGGCUUGUCUUCCUUCCAUCAACAGGCCCUCUGCUUCCUCUGCGCGGACCCGAAGUGGGCUCGUCAAAUCUGGGGCGAUUUUUCUGCAGCCUCCCCCGAGCUGAGGCUCUUGCUGGUCACGUGGCUGCGGGACAAGCGCGGCUGGCGGCAGACUGACAUGAAAGACGUGAUCCAGAGGGUGUUGCAGUCGAGCUUGAAGGAAGCGUUGUUGGGCGAUAGUGUGGAUUAUCGCACCGCGUACCUGGCAGCGCUGGUCGCCGUGAUGACCGACGGUGGCUCUGCGUUACCUCAGCCGCUUUCCAGCCCAGAGCCUCGUUUGCCCGAGUGUUUGCAUUUAUUACUCCAGGACCUGGAGGUCCAGAACGGUGGACCGGAGUUCCUGUCUCAGGCUCUGCAUGCGGCCAGUCUGCUCCUUCCCCAGUUGACAAAUUCCAGCCUGAAGACAUCGAUGCUUCAGCGUUGGUGCGGUAUCUUGGAGUGCCAGCGGGCUCCAGAGGCCCCCGAAGUCCUCAGAGUCGUGUGCAGUGAAGCUCUCUGUGCUGCCGGAGUCCCUCUCAUCUGCAGCCUCGGAGAACACGCCUCUCUCCCUGCGACCAUGAUGAGGCUGAUCGACACGGGCCUGCACCUGCUGCAGGACCAGAGCCAGCAGGCGAGGCAGAAAGCGGCCCGCUUCGCCUCUCUGCUUCAUCGUUCAAGACGAGGAGACCAGCGGGGCAGCGUCUGCGUCAUGCAGGUCAACCGAGCUCUGCGGCUCCUCCUGGACCUGCUGCUGCAGGAAUGCUGGGAUGCUCCCGGCACACUGGAGCUGUUGCUGUCCCACCUGCCUCGUGCUGACCUCAGAUCAGUGCUGAGAGAAGCUGCAGCAGCGGGAGGGAGUUCCAGUCUGUAUGAGCAGGAUGAGGUGAACGUGUUUGCAGAACCCUCCAUCAUGUCUGCACACAUACUGCCUUACCUGCUGCAGCUGGCAGAGAAAUCCUCUCAGUGCUCAGCUUUGGCACAGACGCUGACUACAUGGGCAGAGGAGAACGCUGCACAGGUGCUGGAUAACCUCACAGCGUGUGAGCAGCUCCAACCAGCUGAAACACUGACCUCCGCUUGGUUGGCUCUCCUGGUGGAUCCGCGCUUCCACAGCGCCGUGUGUGGCCUCUUCACCAGAGCUGCCUUUCUUCUUCAUCUGCUGAAAACCUCUGCCUCUUUACGGCACCUCUGCCAUCCUGUGAGCUUGCAGACGCGUCUGCAGGCGGUUUGCUCUCUUCUCAAUCAGAACGGUCUCAACUUUCCCCCCGCUUUAACCGCUGCUGUGGCCGCUGGGGAGCCGCCACUGUGACGGAGCGGUUCAGGAACUGACCCUCGUGACCUGGGAUAAAAUUAGUUUUUGAUAUUUCGAGAAUGGACAUGACGCGCUCUCACUUAGAUGACAAUUGCAGGUGCUGAUGCUGCCGGGCUCCAGCUCUUCGUAAACACAUAAAAGGGCUAAGUGGGUAGGAUUUCUUCUCUGUCUUUCUUAGCUGUGCAUGGAAGAGAGCCUCUGGGCAUCGGCUCAGUGAAGGUUUAUUCUUCUUCAGUGGAAAUAUAAUCACGGGGAACUGCAGUCAGAACAACAGCUGCAGGUCAUUUCUGCCCCUUUUUUCGUUGUUGUGCUUCUCUCUGCAGCAGCAACAGCAGCAAGGCUCAGGCUGAUGCAGUGAUGUAAUGCAACAGCAUCUGGAAAUAUUGCCUGCUUGGCAGCCAGUGGGGGAUGAGAUGAGUGGUUUAAUUUUUCCAUUAGAGGCCUUGUGACUGGAUAAGUGUCCAUUUUCUCAACCACACGAGAGCUGAGAGCAGGCUCUGAGGGACCUGAUGUAGAUCUGGCGGUUGGCCCCUGACAGACCGCACAUUAGAGGAGUCCGACGUCAUCAGAGGGCCCGCUGCUCAGGAUUGAUAACCAUCAGGGUUGAAAAAAACACAAGUAUUGAACUUAGAAGUUGCAUUGUUAGAUGAUAAUUAGGUUUUUAUCAAAGGAAAAGUGAUUUCUUAAAGCAGAAAGUCAGAAUCUUAUCUGUAAACCGAGGGUGUAGAGAUUUGCCUUAAGUUCCUCUCAGCUUUCCCUUUCCUUCACUCACCCAGUGCGAGGUUUGUUGCUCCAUUGAGCGCAUGGAUUAUACAACAACUUGACAACAAGCCUGUGUUAAUGAUUCUUUCAAGAAUCUUAUGCAAGGUGUUUCCUGUGACCGGCGGAAGCUCCACACCUUGUGUUCAGCUUCAUGCCCUUUAGUGGAGCUUGGCUUUUUUUUGUUGUUGUUGAGGGAACCUAAAUGUUCCAGAAGAAUAGAUCACAUUUUCACCAAGUAUAAUUUAGAAACAACUACAUUGGGCAUUUUAAUGAUAAAAACACAUUCUAGAGGUUUAUUGGCCUGCACUGGACAAGAAAGGGCAAUAUAGGAAAGAGAUUAACGACAGUCUCAUGCUGAAGUAAAUACAUCCUGCAUUGGGUUUCAUAUAUGUAUAUUGCAGAUUAAAGAUGUUUUCAGGAAGAAAUGUGCUAUAAAAGUGCAUAUUUUAUAUUGAUUUUUUUUUUAACCGUAUAAUUCAUCUUGUCUAAUUUAGGAAGGAAGCAACAUUUUGUGCUAAUCGUGAAACCAAAACCUGCUUUUUCAUCCCUGAAACCAGACUUUUAGGUCUAAAUAAUCUUAAACUUCAUCUUAAAUUUGUAAAAAU